AUGGCAUCCUUGCGAGAUUUUGGGGCAGCUGGCAGUUACCCAAGCCAAGCUCUGCACAAGACGAGGAUGUGCCAGAACUUUGCCUUGGGACGCUGCACCCUGGGAGAGGCUUGUCGCAAUGCGCACACAGCGGAGGAGCUCAAGAAGACCAAGCUGUGCCGGCAUUUUGAGAACGGUGGUUGCAGAAAUGGAGCUCGCUGCACUUUCGCACAUGGUGAAGCACAGCUUUUUGUGCCACUUGCGGGCAUGGAAGUGCAGGCCGCACAGGCACCAGGCUCAGUUGGCGAAAACGGAGGGCUGGUUCGCAAAACCAAGCUGUGUCAAAAGUUCAAAGAUGGCACUUGCCCUUUCGGCUCAGAGUGCCGCUUUGCACAUGGCCUGUCUGAGUUGAAGAAGACCAAGAUGUGCGAGCACUUUGCACGUGGAGGGUGCAGGAAUGGCAGCACAUGCAUAUUCGCACACGGAGGGGAAGAGCUUUACAUUCCGGAAGAAGGAGACUUUGUGCCACCUCGGGGCCCGGCAGCUUCAAGGGUUUGGGAGUCCAGGGAGUCGGUCAACAGUGACCUCCAGAAGACGAAACUGUGCCGGAAUUACAUGGAAGGUAGCUGCUCCUACGGUGCGAGGUGCCACUUUGCACAUGGUGCCUCUGAGCUCAAGGCGGUAGCAUCGGCAAGCAGAAAUGAGGAAGGAAGAAGCUCUUCGCUCAAAGAUGGGCAGUUGCCGCCGCCAAGCGAUGAAGACUCAGACUCGGACCAGGCUUCCAGUGCCGACUCUGAGGUACAGAGCGGCACGGCAAGCUUCAGGUGCAUGGCUUCAGCCACCGUGGAGCGGGUGUGUGAGACGCAGGUGGUGCUUCAAGUGCGUGGGCAGCAGCGCAUUGUCGCACUUUCAUGCUUUGUAGAUCUGUGGUUUACACAGCCCUUUGAGGGUAACGAGCUUGCAUUCCCCGACGUGUCGCAUUGGUCCAGGCACAUCCAAAUUGUGCCUCAUUUGCGCAAAGUCGGGGAUCGAGGGAUGAGGAACUCCCAGCUCUGCGAGUUCACAAAAAAUCUCUGGGAUGCUUACCGGAGCGAGGGUGCGGUAAUCCUUUCACGCUUGCAGCUGUAUUCUUUUCCUCACCUGGAGUGUGCCCUCCAACAAAGCCAGCUCCCGGUUUCGUGCAUGCUGCAGAUUGUGGAUCUUGCCAGGGAGAUUCUGAAGGACAUGGGCUCCAAUGUGUCGCUCCCUGACGGACACCCCACGACCCCGGAGUCUUCCUUCAUCCUGCAUCUGCUGAAAAGCUCUUUCGUGGAACGCAGGCUGCCAGAGGCAUUGUCGCGCGGUGAGCUGCUAUCGGAGCGGGCGGUUCAUUUCAUCACGGAGGCUUGCCGGGUCCUUCCCGCUUAUGCGUUCCUCCUGACUCCCUUCAUUGAGGCUGCGUCCAAGACAGGGUCAGGGUCGACGGAGAUGGUCCUGUACGUUGUGAAGACCUACAGCGAGCUCUUGGCAUCACAGGCCGGCUAUGUGAACCUGGUGUCGUGGAGCAAACUGGUCCUGGCUCCACAGCUGUUGAGUGGGGAUCUGUCCGACUUGCAGUCCCUGCCAGCCGUGAAGUGGAGUUACGACACCUUCGAGGAGUACAUGGACACAUACUUCCGACUGCUCCGGGCAGAUUGUUUCGGCUCCUUGCAAGCGGGUGUACAACAGUUCAUCGCAGGGAAGCUUGACCCUCGUGACCUUCGGGUAUACUAUGCCAGGAUGACCAAAAUCCACGUCCUUAAAUUCUCGCAAGGACUUGUGGCCACCAUCCGCUGCCAAGACUAUUUCGGGCGGAGGGGCUUUCCUCCAAGCGCACUGAUGCAGAGCAACUUGGUGUGCAUAUCCGUUGGCGAGGAGCCCUUUCACGAGGUCCUGUGGGGUCGAAUCGUGGAACGGCCCGGCGACAAUCGGAAGGACAGCAUCGAGGUAAGCAUUCAGUUUCCCCAGUCCCUAAACCGCCAGUUGCACAGCAAGAAGCUCUUGACGAAGCUCUUUAGUGCCCAGCUUUUGGCUGACAGCCCCGUCUUCUUCCAAGCAUUCGGGCCGGUCUUGGAGAAGUUGCAGGGCACCACAGAGGCCACCAUGCCCCUGAAACGAGUGCUCCUGGGACAGAGGCAGGGCAUCCGAGCAGCGGCUGAGCAGCUGCCUUGGUCGGAGUCGGCGCUGAGGUCCCUGCGAAGCACUGUGGCGCGCCAGGAACGUACUUUCGACGAAGCUCAGCUGGAGGCCUUGGAGAUGAUGCUGCAGUCAACAUGCUGCUGCAUUCAGGGUCCUCCUGGGACCGGCAAGAGCUUCAUUGCCGUGAAGGCCUGUCGGCACCUUCUUCAUGGAAGCACUUCUCUGUCAUAUGCCUCGGGUGCGAGUCGCUUCGCUGACAUUGAAAGAGCCUGUGACAGUGAGGAUGAUCUUUCUGAAGACGCAUCCGAGAUGUCUGAUGAGUCAGGGCCUCGUGAUAAUCGACGCCGAAUACUAGUCUUGACCUACAAGAACCAUGCCAACGAUGAGUUUCUGGUCGAUUGUCAGAAACACAUGCCUCACGUGCAGGUGGUCCGAAUCGGGGGACGUUGCGAAGACGAGAGGCUGCAAGACUGCAACUUGAAGACCUUGGCGAAGCAGAAGAGCAAAGAAAAACUCUUGGGCAAGAUGGCUUUCAAGUUGAUCUCAGACAAGCAAGAAAUCAUCGACCGGCUUCAGCGAGAAAUGUCUUGUCUUGAGGCCGAGAUGGAUCCGUCAAAGCUAUUUGCAGCAAGAGCGACCAAUCAGCAGAUCUGUUCCUUGCUGGAAGGCUGCCCAAACAAGCAGCGCGGCCACGGGAAGCAUCACGAAAGCCUCCUCCGGAGCCUUGCAGAAGGCCUGCGCCCGACGGCUUCGGACCUGAGGCCCUGUUGCAAACACUGGCUCCCCAAGCGCCCGGAGCCCAAGGAGCCCAAGGAGACGAAGGAGACGAAGGAGACGAAGGAGACGAAGGAGACGAAGGCGGGCGGUGCGGGAGUGGGUGGCCAUGUGCUGGAAGAUGUCGAAGCAGAGGAGGUAGCUCUGGAAAGGCAAGCCUUCGCAGAACAGACCGAGAAGCUUUGCACUCUGAAUUUGGAGGAAUGCUUGGGGCCCACUCUCUUCCUGGAUGCCGCACCUUUGUCGGUGGUGUACAGCGAAGAUGUUUGGGCCUUGAGGGCCCGCGAGCGUGCCGGGCUCCUGGGCACCUGGCUGGAAUCAGAGCUGGGCAACUCGAGCAUCUUUGACACCAUCCGAGAGUGUGACACAAUUCAGGAGAACGGGGCUUUGCUUUUAGACCGCCAGCUCAUAGAGCAGGAGCGCCUGACCCGCAUUGAGCAAGAGCACCAGCAAAUGAUCCUUCGUGAGGCUUCCAUUGUUGGCUGCACGAUCAGCGGUGCCUCCAUCCGGGGAGAUCUCUUGAAAAAGGUGAACUUCGACGUGGUGAUAGUAGAGGAGGCCGCUGAAAUCCUCGAGUCUCAGCUGGUUGCAGCCAUUCCCCCAACUUGCCGGCAGCUAAUUCUGGUCGGAGACCAUUUGCAACUUCGGCCCAAGAUCGAGAACCACCUGCUAGGCAAGCAGUUGAACUUUGACCGUUCAAUGUUCGAGAGGUUGCUGCUGCACAAGCUGCACGAUGAGCGAUUUCCCCAGAAGACCCUCACCCUGCAGAACCGUAUGCGGGAUGACUUUCUCUGCCUGCUCAGGCCUCACUAUCCAGACCUGAAGUCCAAUUUCAUGAGAGUCGCUCAGAACGAGCAGCUCUCUUGUGUAACGAAGCCCAUGUACUUUCUCCGCAUGCGCUCGCUGUCCGAGACGGAGUCUGAAAUCGGCCGGAGCAAGAUGAACCCGGACGAGGCAGACGUGAUCCUUGCUUUCAUCGCCCACAUCCUCCACGAAGGCUAUGAGCAAAGCGACGUCACCGUUCUAGCCAGCUACAAUGGUCAGGUGAACUUCCUUAGGCGGCAGCUUCGGGACAGACAGCUCGCCGGUGUGGUUUGUUCAUCCAUCGACCGGUACCAGGGGGAUGAGAAUCGAUUUGUCUUAGUCUCCCUGGUCAGAUCGAAUGAUGCUGAUGAGAUCGGCUUCCUGCGCGAGCCAAACAGGCUCAUCGUGGCAGCUUCACGGGCUAGGUGUGGGGUCUACUUCUUCGGGAACGACUUGCUGUUGGCAAAGAAAUCCCGAGAUUGGAGGCAACUGAUUCGCGUGAUGGAGGAGCGGGAGGAAGUUGGAGACAAGUUGCCGGUGAUUUGCCCCCGACAUCCGCACAUUCCACUUGACUUAGGCCGGGAGUGCCAUCACGUCUGCAAGGCAACCUUGCCGUGUGGGCAUACGUGUGAGGCACACUGCCACCGGGAUGGAGCUCACCCACCUUGCAAACAGCCGGCAGUUGCAACGCUGAGAUGCGGACAUGACAAGGCCUGUGAGUGCUCAGCACGAGACCAGGCGGAUGAGAUCUUGAAGUGCCAUGAGGUGGUGAACUUUCGCCAUGAACACUGUGGCCACCAAGACACACGCAUGUGCUGCGACAAGCCGAAGCCAUGCAAAACGCAGGUGGGCAUACAGUGCACCAGUUGUUCGGAAUGGUCGUCCACGCAAUGUCAUGUAAAAUCAGGUGGCAACUUCCAGUGCCGUUUCCCCUGCAAGAAAGUCAUGAAGUGUGGGCACCCCUGCAGCCUGCUUUGCUUUCAAGAUUGCGAUCUGGCUUUGGACGAUUGCAAGGUGUGUGCGCAAGAGCUCGAGGACACCAAGAGAGAGCAAAUGGCAAAAGUUCAACAGCUGCUGGCACAGAUUGGCGACCCAGGUUUCUUCCAUGUAGACGAGCUGUCGCGAGAGCAGCAGCCUUUGGAUUUCGACACGCUUACUUCAUCAGUGGCAUCCUUCUUCAGCACUUCCGGCUUGGAAGCAGAGAUCCAACUGGCCCAGCGUGUAAAGAACACGGACUUGGAGCGUCAGUUCUAUCGCGGCCACGAGCUUGUUACGGCCCCUGUCCCUGAGGGUGCCCUGCGCAUUCUGGAAGUCGCCUCACUGGACGUGGCUCAGCAAGUUGCAAAGAAGGGCCUUGGGCACCGCAAGAAAUUUCAAAAGGGGAUGGCAGCCUUCUGCGACUUCUACAAGUCCUAUAAGCGGAAAGAGUCGGCACCGAGCCUGCUGACUUUGGUCCUUUGCCGAGUUCAGACGGGUCGUGUUUACACCGUGGGCUCUCACUUCAAGCAUCAUCAGAUCAAGUGGGAACAGGUAAACAAGCCGCCCGCCAGCUUCGAUUCCGCCUUCAACUCAGGCACCGCUUGCUUGCGCCUUUUCCGCCUUUCGGUGGGUCUGCCGAAGUACAUCCUCCAGGUGCGGCUGAGGGAAGCGGCCGGCGUAAGGCCACCACAUUGGUCGGGUGCGGAAUGCCCAGCACACUCCGAGCGCUUCUGGAAGCUGAGUGUGGCUUCGGAGUUGGAGCAGCAGGCCUUGGGAAAGGCCCUGGCUCCUGGCUCGAGCUUGGGGGGGAGGGACAUGCAAGUGCGAGGGGAACACAGUGGCUUCCGGAUAAAGAGGGCUUGGCGACUGGAGCACGAUGUUCUGUGGAAACAAUACAUGGCUGCUAGGACCAAAGUCCAGGUUCAAAUGGAAUCUCUCAGGAAGCAGGGUGCCUGCUUCGCCAAUGUCCGCUUGAGAAAAGAAUACAGUGCCCUCCUACGUGAGCUGCCCGUGAACAAAACAAAGGCGAUGGACGAACAGAUCAACGAGGUUUACUUAAGCCGUGGGACAAAGCCUGAAGUGCUUCUCACCAUUUUGCAGAACGGCUUGAAUGAGCGCUUCAGCGGAGGCCUCUUUGGCAACGGUACCUAUUUCGCUGAGGAUGUGGGGAAGAAUGACCAAUACUGCACUCCGGACGAUGGCGGAGAGCAUCAACUUCAAAAAGUCUUGUACCACGAGCUGAAGAUUCCUCCUGCACACGGUGUCUUCUACGUCUUGUUCUGCCGGGUCAUUCUCGGCAGUCCAGUACGGACUCAAGAUGGAGAGCACGACAUGGAUCAGGGAUCUCUAGCCAGUGUCUGGAGCAGCAGGCCGCGAGAGUUGGCAGCAAUUCCGAAAUCAAGUCCCCCUAUCAACUUCCAUUCCCUUCUCGCAGAAAAGGGGGAUAAGCUCAAGAGAUACCGCGAGCUGAUCGUGUACCACGGUACCCACAUCUAUCCAGAGUAUGUGGUCGCGUACCAACGUGUCUGA